UAUGUACCUUCUUGAAAGCUAAUCAACGUGUCUUCUCUCACCCUUUAAUUGCCACCGUGUAGCUUCAUUAUUUUUAAGGCAAUAUAACUCUAGCAUUUUCUUAUCUUUUCAAUUUGAAGUGUGUAUUUCUCAAUCUCAUCCUUUCAUCAACUAUGACCAAGUGGUUUUCUGGGAUAAUGGGCGCAACAACAUGGUGUAAGGAAGUUUUUUCUUUGAGGGUUUUAGCUGGCAGUGUCGGUUAUGCAGUUGAUCUUUUCAUAAAAGUUGUUAUUGCUGAAUUUACUUGCAUUCUGGCACUAGGAGGGUCCAUAAUGGGGAUAAUUGCAGGAGCUAUCAAAGGCCAUACAAGAGGAGCUGGUUUUCUUGAUGGAGCUUGCAAAGGAGCUGUCACAGGGGCCAUUGCAGCACUAGAAUUGCCAAACAUUGCUGCUUGUGAUGAGCCACUUUCUAAGGUUGCCCUGUUGAGAAGUUUAUUAAAUGGAAAGAUAUUUGUGGAAUGGAUAUGUCCAGCUGUUGCACAAGCCUAUCAAUGUCAUAUCAGUGCACAUGCAACAUCUUACGGAGAAGAAUCAGAUAUUUACAAUGACGAUAUUGUCAGGGGAAUCACAGUCAAAGGGAUGGCUUGGAAUAUCAUUCAAAAGCUUCCUGUUCAACAAUUUAAUUCCAGUAAAAUGUUCAAAUUAUACAACGACUCAUGCUGCUCAAUUUGCUUCCAGGAUUUUGAGUAUGAGGAAUUUGUGAGGACACUUCCCAAAUGUGGCCACUUUUUUCACUCAGUCUGCAUAGACAAAUGGCUAGUCCAACAAGGAUCAUGCCCCAUGUGUAGAAUUUUUGUUUCAGAUUUAUGAGUUUGCAGUUGAAUUGUAGUUGGAGAUAUCGCUUAACAUUUUCAAAGAAAAAAUUGGGCACGUAA